CACAAAUCCUUGAAGAUGACGUAUCGAUAGUUUAGUUCUUAUAGGACAGCGUUUCUACACACCAUCGUAAGCUGGGAUAUCCAUACGUCUUGAUGGAGUGACAGCGUUCAAAUCCUGCCUGUGUCCCUCCAUCUACGCGCUCUCACGUGAUGUCGCGCCGAGCUGAGCCGCGAUUCGCCCCGCCGUUCAAAGCCUCAAUGCCCCUCAUGAAGAACAGAGAGAGGCAGCUUUAAACUCUGACGUCUUCCUCAAACCUUCGAAACAAGAUCGACAAAAUGACUGACGUUGAUGACGCAAACAUCUCGGUGCGCUUCAAGCACGGCAUCCAUACCAUCUACCUCUUCAUCGACGCUCUCGCCCCCUUCUCCAGCGCCGCCACUGAACUCCUCAAUGUUCUAAUCGAACGGUACCCCGAUGGUCUUACCAAGUCGCUUGGCUCUUCCGAGAAGACUACCUUCGAUACAGACUCGACUCUGGCCUUUGGCGCAUUAAAGACGCCGAAUGACCCCUCGAGCGGGUGGGUUAAACUCAAGACGGGUGAUGGGGAGAAGACACCGACAGCGUUGGGACUGAAGAACAAUAGUCUUCUUGCGUUUGCGGUGCUGGAUGAGGAGGGUGAUGCGCCAGAGUUUGAGGUUGAGUGGCCAAAGGAGGAUGAGGAGCUGUAUGAGGAAUGAUUUAGGGGCGAAUCUCCAGAUCCACGCGAAGUCGACUACAUUUCUGCGACGGCGUACUGUCUCCCCUUGAUGCCGGGCGGAAGAUACACCUACGAUCGAGGCUGGCGUCGAGAACCGCGCCUGAGGACUACACCACGGAGCUCUCAUGGAAGGAACAUAGUCGUACGACGCCUUACUGGGCCUGCAGAAUUACUGAGAAGAUGUGAAAAGAAAUAUUAAAGUAGAUACCCAAUUGAACGCUUUACAUGACGA